CUUUGCAGUAGUACAAUACACUGUAGGCACAGUGUCACACAAUAACACACAUAUUUUUCAUUUAUUACUACUGAUUAUGGGAUUUUUCUUUGUCAGGCAGAGAAUUUUAACGAACAUUGUUCAGUUGCAACGCAAUUUUCAACGUAACAUGUCGUCGUCAUCAUCGCAAAAAGCUGGCUUAGUCUUGGGUGCCUUCCAAACGCCCGACAAGCAACUGAGGUUAAGCAAACUCGCCGAUGCCUUCAACAAGGAGAAAACGGGCAACAAACUCGCGGACCAGAUAAAAAUUCUCGGACCUCUUGAUGCGGGAAGCGUUCGUGUUUUUUGGAAUGUUUCCGAGAAAUUUCCUGUCGUCGCAGUUGCUGGUUUGGGAAAUCCUGAGGAAAAAGCCGACGUGAAUGAGGAAAUUGAUCAACACAAGGAGAACAUCCGAAAUGCGACAGCAGCUGGCGUUCGUCAGCUAAUCGACUUCAAGGUAGAUGAAAUUGUCGUCGAUGACAUGGAAGACGGGCAAACAGCAGCGGAAGGUGCCUUUUUGGGCUCUUAUAAAUUUCAGCUGUUCCGCAACGCAGAAAAACAAAAGAAAAUCCCUCCGGUGAAACUUUUAGAAAACUCCGAACAGGUCGAGGCAUGGAAUCGCGGCGCAAUUCUCGCUGAAACGCAAAAUUUUUGUCGAAUUUUGUCCGAAACUCCGGCGAAUCUGAUGACUCCGAGCGUUUUUUGUGACAAAGUCCGGGAGAAAUGUGCCGGUUUGAAGGUCGAUGUGACAGCACAUGACGAAAAAUGGGCCGAAGAGAUGAAAAUGGGCUCGUUUUUGAGUGUUACACGAGGAUCAAAGGAGCCUGCCAAGUUCCUCGAGUUGACUUAUAUGGGAGAUUCGGCUUCCAAAGACGUCAUUUGCUUAGUUGGAAAAGGCGUAACCUUCGACACGGGCGGUAUCAGCUUAAAACCAUCGGCAAAAAUGGAUGAUAUGCGAGCCGAUAUGGGCGGCGCCGCAAAUGUGGCUUGCACAACAAUCGCUUUGGCCCGUUUGGGAGCGAAAGUUAAUGUCAAAACGUUGAUUCCAUUGUGCGAAAACAUGCCAGGAGGAGCAGCUACGAAACCAGGCGACUUGGUAACUGCUAUGAAUGGCAAAACUAUUGUCGUUGACAACACCGAUGCCGAAGGACGAUUGAUUUUGUGCGAUGCUUUGUGCUAUGCGGAGACUUUUAACCCGAAAUACAUCGUUGAUGUCGCGACUUUGACCGGAGCGAUUCGCAUUGCAUUGGGCGAUUGCGUCUCUGGAGUCUUCACAAACGACAAUAACCUAUGGAAUGCCAUUCAUGAUGCUGGAAUGAACACGGGAGAUCGUGUCUGGCGCAUGCCGCUGUUCAAACAUUACGCGAAACAAAUGACGGAUUACGAGGGCUACGACAUCAACAACAUCGGAAAAGGCGUAAUUGGGGCAGGUUCGUGCACCGCCGCCGCCUUUUUGCGAGAAUUCGUGAAGAAAGACACCAAAUGGAUGCAUUGCGAUAUCGCUGGCGUCAUGGGAAAUUGCACGGAUCAACCGUAUACAGGGAAAGGCAUGUCUGGGCGCCCAUUGCGGACCUUAGUUGAAUUCGUUCUACGUGAAGCUGGUCACAAACUGUAAACAGUUUGCAUUUAUUUUAUUCUUUUUUUGUCACAUAGAUACCAAUAAAUUGUAGAAAUAAUAA